GUGCAGGGCUCCACCAUGGCAGAGCGCAGGGGAAACUGGGACAAGGGAGACGACCUGCCGGUUUAUCUCGCCCGCCCUGGCACUGCCGACCAAGUGCCCCGGCAGAAAUACGACGGCUUGUUUUGCAGCGUCGAGGGCGCAUUUGAGAGUAAAACCAUUGACUUUGACGCCCUGAGCGUUGGCCAAAGAGGCUCCCGCACCCCGAGGACAGCCAAACCAGAGCUCGGUAAGGAGGCGAGGAGCCCAGCCAGUGAUAAUAAAAGUCCCACAGCAAGUAGACAAGGAGGAAAAGACUCUUCUCUGGAUGAAAUAAAAACCAGCGGAGGUCAAGAAGCGUUUCAAAACCCGGGAGAUAAAAAGAGCGACAGGCUUCUGAUCAAAGGUGGGAGGAUUGUGAAUGAUGACCAGUCCUUCUAUGCUGAUAUCUACAUGGAGGAUGGCCUCAUUAAGCAGAUCGGCGACAACCUGAUCGUACCUGGUGGUGUGAAGACCAUCGAAGCCAAUGGGAAGAUGGUGAUCCCUGGUGGUAUUGACAUCCAUACCCACCUCCAGAUGCCAUACCGUGGAACCACAACCGUGGAUGACUUUGCUCAGGGAUCAAAGGCUGCUCUUGCCGGGGGCACAACCAUGAUUGUGGACCAUGUGAUCCCAGAGCCUGGUAACAGCCUGAUGGAGGCCUAUGACCACUGGAGGCAGUGGGCUGAUGAAAAGGCCUGCUGCGACUACUCCCUCCACGUGGACAUCACCCACUGGAACGACAGCGUAAAACAGGAGGUGGAUAACCUCAUCAAGGAGAAAGGUGUGAACUCGUUCCAGGUCUACAUGGCCUACAAGGACUACUACCAGAUGAGUAACAGUGAGCUCUAUGAGGUCUUUACCUUCUUGGCAGAGAGGGGAGGCAUCGCUCAGGUCCAUGCUGAAAAUGGCGAGAUCAUUGCUGAGGAGCAGGCCCGCAUGCUGCAGAUGGGUAUCACUGGACCAGAGGGCCACGUACUGAGUAGGCCAGAAGAGCUGGAGGCGGAGGCAGUGUUUCGUGCUGUGACCAUCGCCAGCCAAACCAACUGUCCUCUCUAUGUGACCCGGGUUAUGAGCAAGAGUGCUGCUGACAUCAUCUCGCAGGCCCGAAAAAAAGGAAAUGUUGUGUUUGGGGAGCCGAUCACAGCCAGCCUGGGGACUGAUGGGACACAUUACUGGAGCAAGAAUUGGGCCAAGGCUGCUUCUUUUGUAACAUCACCGCCUCUCAGCCCUGAUCCCACCACUCCAGACUAUCUGAACACGCUGCUCUCCAGUGGAGACCUGAGCGUGACGGGCAGUGCUCACUGUACCUUCAGUGUGGCCCAGAAGGCCAUCGGCAAGGAUGACUUCACUCAGAUCCCAGAAGGUGUCAAUGGAGUGGAGGAGAGGAUGUCUCUGAUCUGGGAUAAAGCUGUGACUACAGGUAAAAUGGAUGAGAACAUGUUUGUGGCCGUCACCAGCACCAACGCAGCAAAGAUCCUGAACCUGUACCCUCGUAAGGGUCGGAUCGCCGUGGGCUCUGAUGCUGACCUGGUCAUUUGGGACACAGAUUCCAUCCGCACCAUCACUGCCAAGACGCACAACUCGGCUGCUGAGUACAAUGUCUUUGAGGGCGUGGAGCUGCGUGGAGCCCCGCUGGUGGUGAUUUGCCAGGGGAAGAUUGUUCUGGAAGAUGGGAACUUGCAUGUCACCUCUGGCGUGGGCCGCUUCAUUCCCUGCUCACCCUUCCCUGACUAUGCCUACAAGCGUAUUAAAGCCAGGAAACAGCUGGCGGUCCUGAGGGCAGUGCCCAGGGGAAUGUACGACGGUCCUGUGUCUGAGUUCUCCAUGUCCCGUGGUGGCACCCCCUCGGCCUCGGCACGUACCUCUCCCACCAAACAGCCUGUCAGAAACCUGCACCAGUCUGGAUUUAGUCUAGCAGGUCCCCCCACCCCAGAUGACACCCCCACCAGGCCUGCUGGCCGGCGUAUUGUAGUGCCCCCUGGUGGCCGGUCCAACAUCACGUCCCUCAGUUAAAUGAAGACAAGGGGAUACAUCCACAAAACAGCCAGAGUGCAAGAUUGAGGGUGGGAGAGAAGGGAAUGGGAGGGAGGGGGGAGAAGAUGAAGAGGACCAUGAUUAGUUAAGUGAUUAAAAAGCAAAACACUGAAUCCUCAUGCCUUACCUGUCACAAUGCUACCUUGCUCAGAUGAGAACAGUAUCCCUUUUCCUAGGGAAUUUGGACCAGAGCAGAGUAUUGAAGUGGUUUGAAUUGCUAGUAAAGGAUAAAGUUACUACCAAAGCACGAUACACAUAACCCAUCUUAGCCUCAGUUUUUCUCAGUACAGAAUUCUUUACACAUACAGUGAAAACAUGUCCACUUAGUGCUUUGGUAACAGAAAAAACACCUGUAAAACUGCCACCAUAUUGAACCCAUAGAGGAAACAAACUGUUCCCAUAGGAAAACGGAUACCACUUUUCUCAGAAUGAUGCUAUGGUUCUUUCAUCUUAUUUGGCUUUCACUGUCAGCCCCUUUUCAGUAGCAUGCUUUCUCAAUAGUCAGCAAAACAUAGCAGUAGCUCCAACAUUAGCCAUGUAUUAUUAUGCAGUACCGUGGAUUAGCUUUAGGUGGCAUUAAACAUACAGUAGAUGUAAUGUAGCUUUGUGAAUGAUGUUGUUGCAGCCUGUUUGGGUUUACCUGACCAAGUAAGGUGUAGGUGUCUAUCAGAUCUUAGAGCAGGAGUAAUGUUGGACAUGGAGCUGCAUGGGCCACAUUAACAUGGGUGACGUGAUCCGUGAUCCUUUGGCUCCUCUCCUCUGAGGUGCUUGAUAAAUACCAUCCCCAUUGUUGUUAAAAAAGAAAUACACAUCUGCUUAAGAAAAGAUUUUUGUGAUGACAAAUGAAUAGAAAAAAAAAAAGAAAUAUUAGAAAGGAUUAUGCUGUUCUUUAUCCCCAAAAGGUUUAUGUCCAUUUUUUGCUGUCCAACAUGGCUAUAUAAAAAAAGAACCUUGUAAGAGUCUGUCCUUUGCAUUUGCUUCUGUAGCUUUUUGCCUGUUUCUGUCAUCCUGAAAUUAUCUUGAGAAGAGCAUGGUUGGGAAAAACUAAAAUCUGUUCACAAGAUGUACGAAUAAACUCCACUUGUGAAGAAGAGCUUUGCAGUUGAGGGGCAACUACAAAAAAAUAGAUGCAAUGAAAUGAAAUGAUAACAAAAACCUGCUUUCAGAUAACAGCACAUCACCUCUGGCUUUACUUUUUCAUUCCUGAGAAACUGGACUCUCAUUUUAGGACAUCCCCUUAUCAUCUAUAGCCCUCUAACACAGUCCUGAGUCCUGAUACUCAUCUAACAUCAGCCUGAAUGUUACUUUGGGUCCAAUUCAGUUUAACUAAGACACACUGACUCUGAUUGUGCUGGGGGAGUUCUUUUUAUGUCUCAGCUCUUUUCUGAUAAGGCAGAGGAUUGCAGUGCAGUAAUGGAAGGCUUUAUUUGGUCACUGUCUCAGUGUGGGGGAGGAAGGAAAGGAGGUCGUUUUUAUUUGGCAGUGGUGUGGCAGGCUCUGAGGCAGACAUUAGUGGUGGUUUGUUUAUUUAUGUUGGUUUGACAACCUUCUAUAUUGGGUUUAUGUUUUUUUUUAUUAUUGUAUCAAAACCCAGAGUUGGCAGGUCAAAAAUAAGGUGUGUUGUGGAGGUAUGAUUUGUUUCCUGAAUAAACAUGAGUUGUAACUGAUG